CUACUUAUCUCGCUUCGAUUUGGAGUGUCGGUUUUCUUCAACCCGAUACUGGCUACCCACCCACCCAUCAUUCUACGCUCAUCUUCUACUCUCUGCCGUUCGGAUCAGAGAAAGAACGCGAGGUAUUUUAAGCAAGUAACUCAAGCUGAACAGAAAACCGUCGGACAUGACAACCCCAUCGGGGCUAAGAUUCAAGCUCCUACAAUAUUUGCUCUCCUCCCUUUCGCUGAUCGCUUGCGCCAACACCAAAUUUCCAUCUUUCUAGACGUAAUUAACAAACAAUUUCACUUAUGA